AUGAAGCUUAUUUCUUUUUCUUUUCCCCAGAGUCUUAAUGGUGUUUGGCUGAAUGGGGAGCGUCUGGAACCUUUAAAGAUCUAUUCCAUUCAUAAGGGAGACCACAUCUGGCUUGGAGUGCCUCUGGAAGAUAAGGAGAAGGCAGAAUAUGAAUAUGAAGUUAUUGAAGAGGACUGGGAGAGGAUGUAUCCCUGUCUUUCCCAGAAAAGUGUCCAGAUAAUAGAAGAAAUUAAGACCUUGAGAACUAAAAGGAAAUGUAGUUUGGAUGAAUUAGAGGGUCAUGGAGCUGAAGACUCUUCAAAUUUGAAAUCCAAAAUAUGUAAAGUAUCUUUUGAACCUGUUCAACCAGUGAAGUCACAUAGGGUAGGUGAAGUAGCCAGUCAGACCUCUGGAUGUUUGGAUCCUAAGUUGUCUUCUCUUGAGCCAAGUGGGAAGACCACAGAGGCCCCUGUUUACCUUGGGCCCCCAAAAGCUACAGAGUUUCAUCAUAAGCAGAAAGCCUCAAACCCUUCCACAUGUCAGAGCAGCUUAGAGCUGUUUAAGGUAUCUAUGUCUAGGAUCCAGAAGCUGAAAACACAAAUGCAGAAAAAACAGGUAGCUGUUCUGAAUGUGAAGAAACAGACCCAAAAGGAAAACUCAAAGAAAAUUGUGAAAAUGGAGCAGGAACUGCAGGACUUACAGUCCCAGCUGUGUGCAGAGCAGGCCCAGCAGCAGGCAAGAGUGGAGCAACUAGAGAAGACUUUUCAGGAAGAGGAACAGCAUCUCCAGGAUUUGGAGAAGGAGCAAGGAGAAGAGGACCUGAAGCAACAGCUUGCCCAGGCUCUGCAGGAGCAUCGGGCUCUAAUGAAAGAGUUAAAUCGCAGCAGGAAGGACUUUGAAGCAAUCAUUCAAGCCAAGGACAAAGAAUUGGAGCAGACCAAGGAAGAAAAGGAGAAGGUAAAAGCACAGAAAGAAGAAGUUCUUAGCCACAUGAAUGAUGUUCUAGAAAAUGAGCUCCAAUGUAUUAUUUGCUCAGAAUACUUCAUUGAGGCUGUCACCUUGAACUGUGCCCACAGUUUCUGCUCCCACUGUAUCAAUGAAUGGAUGAAGCGGAAGGUAGAAUGCCCCAUUUGUCGGAAAGACAUCGCAUCUAAAACUUACUCCGUUGUUCUGGACAAUUGCAUUAAUAAGAUGGUAGAUAAUCUGAGCUCAGAGGUGAAAGAACAACGAAUUAUCCUUAUUAGGGAACGAAAAGCAAAGAGACUGUCCUGAAGGCCAUACUCUAAGGGCAUUUGAAAGAUUGCCAGAGAUUGGGAGCUUGGGAUGGUCUGGAGGAUUCUCUCUGGACGUGACUCAGCCACUUUGGAAGUCAUCUUAGAAGUCCUGUGGGGCAGAGACUGAGUUGGAAAGUCCUCCAUCAAUCGCCUUCCAUGUUGACCAGCCCUGCUGUCGUCAUUGUCUGAAGCACCAACUGCUUCAGAUUACUUCACAGACUCUGCUUCACUACAUGUUGAAUGGGUUAUUUGUAGACGUUGUUGUUUUGGUGUUGUUUGAUACCUCAGAAGCACCUCUGCUGACAUUUGUUUUGGACAGGUUGGGUGCAUCCCAUGGCCGCCUCUGAUGGCAUCCUCUAUUUUGAGAGAUUGACUUACCUAUUCUUUGUGAAAACAGUGUGUCAUUUUCUAGAAAUAAAAUGUAAAAUCUGUCAGUUGC